CCAUACCAUACCAUAGUUACCAUAACCACUGAGACCAGACCAGACCCCGGACCAAGCCAACUCUACGCAGUAAGCCGCCUGCCUUAACGAAACAUCUCGCCCAACCAUCACCAUCACUCAUUCCACCAACUUCACCACCACCACCAGCAAACCACCAACCACCAUCACAUCCACCUCCACGGCUCAAACACGACAGGAACUUCCCCGGGAAAUACCCCUCCGAUCACCUCACUGCCAUCAUCAGCAGAAACCAAAUUCUCCCAUCCUUACAACAUUGCCUUCUCCACCCGUGCAGAGGAAACCUGCAAACUAACUACGUAUCUUUUUCUUUGUACCCGCAUUCGCCCCCAGAGCCAUCCCAUCCCAUCCCCCCCCCUCUCCCCUCUGCCAUCACCACCCAUCAAAACUCCCGGUCCGCCGCCGUUGCCGUCUCGAACGGAAUAUAUACUCUCCCACAGCCUCCACCACAACGUCCUUUCCUGCUGAAAUCAGAACAACCGAUACAACGAGCGAAACAUAACCUCUUUCUCCCGGAUUCGAUAAUCCUGGCCCCCCCCCCUCCUCUCCCCUUCCACCCCCCUCCGCCUUCCUGUCAUCCAUCCUUUGGAAAGGCCACUCUUUCGUCCCAUCUCACCCACUCUACUCCCUCCGUCUCCGUCUCCGCCUCCUCCUCCACCUCCACCUCCGACAAGAACAACAACUACUACAACAAGCCCCCGCCCGACUUCCCCGGUCCCGCAUCCCCGUCAUCCGCUCCUCGUGUUAGAACGGUCAUAACUAUCACCCUUUGGCUAGCCACAAGAUCUACAUACGGUAAUCUUAGGCACCCUCGGGUGGUUCUGUUUGAUACACUGGCAGAUUCUAAUACAUCUCACUUGGGUGGGCGGAGGCCUUGAGGCCUUCUCGCAGAGCCUGGCCCUGGCGGGAGACGAGGGUGUGAGGUUGUUAACGGACGGUUGAAUCGAUUGUUUUACCGUUGCGGCAAAUAGAGUAUUGUUUGAAAAAAGGAGAGAAAAAAAAAAGAGAGAAAAGAGAGAUCAGGGGCCCUUUGUUCUUUGUUCUUGAGAGAAUAAGAUUAGUGGAGGGGAUCGGUUAACACGGAGGUUCACAGUAUCAGCGGGGCAAGAAGUAUCGAAACAGAGAGGUUAUAAUAUCUUGGGGGAAAAGGAGAAAAGAAAAGAAAAGAGAAGAGAAGGCACGGGAAUCAUAAACGAAAACGACCGGGUCCAGGAUUACUUUUUUUUUUUUUCGUUUCUUUCUUUUCGGUUUUUUAUUCUCUUAUUGGAAGGUUUAUUUGACCCGGAGGUUUAUUUGUUUUCGAUCUCAGGCGCAUCAAUAAGCUCGUUUAUUCUUGGAUCAGCUGCCAGCUUGCUCCCUGGACUUUUCUCUUCAGGGUUCGUUGAACCAUCGACGGAUGCUUGUUUUGCGGAAUUAGUUCUGUUCGCGGUCGUCUUGCUCCGGCUUCCCCAUUUCGCCCUGUGGCCCACCAAACCAGCUACGCUGCUCCCAAGAGCAAUAUCCCUACAUCGGGUGGAUUUUGCUGCUCCGUGAAUGAUUAUUGGGAAUGGACGCGCAAUACCCAUUUGCAUCAAGAGAAGACAUCUGGCGCGUUCAAGAGGAGGUGAAAGACCUAUUUGCAGCCCAGCUCGAGCACGGAGAGCGGAUAUCUAGAUUGGAACGGCGUCGUGACGACGAUGCGAGGAUGAAGAGUGUUUGGGGCCCGUUAUCUCCGUUUCCGGGGUCUAUUGGCACCGUGCACCACCAAGAAACAUCCUUCAACCCGACUGCUGAGCCUUUCAAAGGGUUUGACCAAACACACCAACAUGGGUUGACGGGAGCGCUACAUCUGGAAAAUGAGGAAGAACCUCGUCGCGGGGCUUCACGGGCAAACAGUGUGCGAUUCGAUGAGAGCUCGAUGUAUUAUAGCCAAGCAAACAGAUCAACCGCUGAGCUCCUCCCAUUGCGAACUGGCAGUGGGCUGGGAAGCCAUCCGCUGACGGAGCGGUCGCUUUCUCAUCGAUCUGACGGGAAACAGAGCUCGUCGGGCCAAUCGCACCAUUCCGCGCGCACCAAUAGCAUGGGGCUGGAAGCAUCUCGCUUACUUGGUGGUGGGAAUGGGACCUCGUCUGCCAGCAACACUCCCUUGCCUCCACCUCCCGGACUAUUCAUUCUAGGCCCUGUCCCGUGCAUCAUCCGUUGUUGGCUCACGACGAACUUUUCCAAUGACUCGUUGCUCUACGCUGCAGUGUGCACGGGGUCAUACCGCUCAGCCAUCAGUGAACAGAUGGUGCGGAAACUAGGCCUCGAGGAAGAGGCAGCAGAGGAGGAUGGUGUGCGAAUCAUCAAACUUCCAGUCUACCUCCCUGAGGCCAGUGUAUACCAGCCAUCGUCCCGCGGCGGGAGCCCGGUCCCCCAGCUACCUGCGUUGACUGUUCGAUUUAUCAUCCGUGGCGCAGACCUGAGUGACAAAAGCAUCCAGAUUUUCCUAGGCAGCGAUGUCCUCCGCGCACACAAUGCCGACAUUCUAUUCUCGCAGGACAAGAUGCUCAUUGUCGAUGACGGGCGCAACAAAAUCUCAAUUCCCUUGGUUCGCCCGGAGGAUGAUUCUACGUUUAGAUAUCUAACUACUGGCCCAGAGGAUCUGUCAACACUAUACAACGGAACUACCAGCGACAAGCGAACUGGCCUUGUAGUGACCAAUGGAGACCAGCCCACUACUGAGCGUGAACUCCCAACUUCCGCGGGCCAUGACAACAUCACAACCUCAGACAAGGCUGAUACUUCCACCAACUUAGGCGCCCGCGCCUCCUCGGACUCCUUCGACCGAAAACCCAUCCGUUCCUCCGCGCGCCAUUUCACCGACGAUUCCUCGGACAACAACAGUCCAGAUCAGCGCCACUAUCCCAAACCCAGCGCGGGCGACCGCGCGUUCACGGGCACGUCAACCUCAUCUGCGAAAGCAGAGGGUAGCGGCGUCUGGGGCCCCUGGCGUCGCGAUACCACCGGCGACAAGGGGGAGAAUACGGGGGCAACAGGAACAACGACAUCCACUAGCGCAAGUAUGUACAGCAGCACCACCAGCCCCUUCAUGUCCGCUUACCAGCGUUCAACCCGGACGCGGAAUAUGAAGAUCCUGAAACCGACCAAGUCGACCUCAUCAGUAAACACGGUGUCUAGACAGGCUUCCUCCAGCGGCGUUGGCACUCCCACAACUACCACAACUACCGCAACAGGAACCGCCUCGUCUGGCUUUGGCAGCGACUCGCGCUUUCCCCCCGUAGACCAACACCGUACCGGCACCAGCACAAGCACUAGUUGCGAUGGCCACGAUCAUAUGACGACAUCGUCAUCCCAACAUGCGCAGCAGUCCGUGAAUGGUGCUGGCGCGGGGAAACCUUCUUCUAGCGAUGGAGGAGGUGGCAGUGCGGGGCCGUGGUCUGGCAAGUCACGCACGGCGAAUCCGGUUGGUGGGGCGUCGGCGUUUGGAUGGCUGAAUUCAUCGCAGCGGAGGAAGGAUGGGAUGGGUUCUGAGUGAGAUUGUACUACGGGCGUUAGUGAGCGGGUGUAUGAUCACAAUGAUAUUGGUAUGGGUAAUGGAUGGGAUGAUGUCUGUCUGAUUCUGUUUUCUUCAGUGGUGAGGCGGAUUGUGAAUGAGUUGAGUGGAUGGAUGGAUGGAUGGAUGGAUGGGAUCGGCGUACAUCAUAUUUCUUGUCAUGAUGAUUGGCAUGCUGUGAGAGAGAUGAUGGAAGGCGACGUGAGAAUAGGGUUAGUCCUAAUCCCAUCGAUCUUUGAUCACAAUGAGAUGUUUGUGCGUAAGAUUCUUUACCGUUCUUUUUCUUCUUUUCUUUCAACCACUGUUUUCUAUUAAAAUUGGCCGCAAAGGGGCGUGUGUAGUGGGCGGGCUUGCCAAUUUCCAUAACCCCAGUCCAUUUCCAAUUGCCAUGAAAUAAUGUAAUAUCAUUAUCAUACCGCUUCUUCAAGGGUGUAUUGAAAAUUACAAGCCAAAAGUUAAGAUAUUUAUUUACUUAUUAUCUGCUCUGCUUCCAGCCAGCCAGCGUUCAAGCCCCCCUCUCAAAGCCCAAAACUCUCAACACAAACUCCCCCUCCCUCACCCACCCCGCCUUCACCUCCUCGCCCACCCAAGAAGAAACAUCCUCCGCACUCACCCUUCUCCACCCCCCAUCAUCACCUCGCUCCAAUUCCUCACUAUCCAGCGGGAAAAACGUAUCGCAUUCAGACCCGUUGACGGAGUUCUCCGCCGCCAUCGCCUCCUCUUCCCCUACCGUGGUAAUACCAGUAGCCGUAGCCGCAGGUGUAGCCGUAACAUCGCUUGAUAGAGCUGGCUCUGGUGCUGAAGCCGGAGCAGGACACCGUCUUAUAUCCGUCAUAACAAUCCUCAUCGUCCCCGCAUUCGCGCCGUGUUGCUGCUGUUGCUGCUGCUGCUGCUGCUGCUGCUGUUGUUGUUGUUGCUGUUCCCCACCGUCCAGUGUAGGUUUAAGAUUUAGAGCGGCGGCGUAUAUCUCACCGCCGCCGAUGAUGAAGAUAUUCGCGAGGCAGCGGGUGGCGUUGUGAGAGAGGGGGCCCGGGGUGGGGGUCGUCCUGAACGCGUCGUGGAGGGCCGCCACGGCGGAUUCGAGGCUGUUUGCUACGAGGACGUCGGGGGUUUCUUCUUCUGGUUUUGGCCCCGUUUCCGGCCCUGUUUCCGGUUUUGGUGUCGAUGAUGGCGUAGUAGUGGUCGCGCCGAUAUUUCCUCCCUCCCUGCUAUUGUUCUUCCUCUCCUUCUCCCUCUCCCUCUCCCCCGCCGCCCUCCACUCCCCCUCGAUCCGCGCCCUCUCCCUCCCCGACCGGUCCCGCGUCACAACGACAUUCACACGGCCCGGUAACGGCCGAAAGCGCGCGGGGAGCGAGUCAUAUGUCUUCCGGCCCAUUAUCACCGCGUUAACUGCACUUGUGCUUGUGCGUGUGGCAUUUUCCGGCGCCGGGGCGCGCGUCGUGACGCGCGAGAAGAAGGCCAUGUCUGUUUUUAUGCGGGACCAGGGGAGGGUUCCGGCAUGGCCGAUGCCUAGGCGGCGGCGGUGGUGGUGGUCGCUGGUUGUAGGCGAGGGAGAGGGUGUUGUUAUGGGUGUUGUGGCGACGAUGAGGGUGAGAGGCGGGAGGGGGUGGAGGAGGGUGCGGGCGGAGGUGGGGAAGGGGUGUGGCAUUGCUUCUGUGUCGUCGGUGGUGGUGGUGGGCGGGGGUGUUGGCAUUUUUGUUGGAGAGGUUGGAACUGGGGGUUGGACCUGAGAUUGAGAGGAUGGGAGAGGAUGGGAGAGUUGUUGGUGUGGUGAGUGGUGUUGUUGUCUUACAUGUCGAUUUGUGGUGGGAUUGGAGGUUCUCGUGGUUGGUGCGCUCAUUAGUUAGUUAUUUACCCUUUUGGGAUGACGUGAAGCUCCCCAGAGGAACGGGAGUAGAACAACGAAUAAUAUUUUAACGAGGGAAAUUUGAAUUGUUCUUGUGUAGAAUUGAUCUAGAUUUAUGAUUAUAAUAAAUACCUCUGCUCCAAAUAUCAUUAUUUGUUAGAUUCAACUGAAAUAGAAAACACAAACUUGCCCAACGCCGA